CAAAUCCCCUCUUACACAAACAUCCUUGCCUCCUCUGUGAAGAUGUCCAGCUCUCAAACAACCACCACUAAUGGGGUGGUGGUCAUCACCCAUGUCUACCCCUAUGGGAACGGGAUGGGGGUCGCGGGGGUCGCUUCUACCCCUCACUGUCUGGGACAGACGGUUUUCUCAGUGCUGGGAAGUUUCCGGGCAGGGCAUCCAAAAGCGCUUGGGACCGUACAGAUCAUGAUUGGUUUGAUGAUGCUGUUAACAGGGAUUGUGAUGGCUCCAGCCCCGUGUUUGGAUAAUAUUGGAGUAGUCAGUGGAAUAUUUGUCUGGGGAUCGAUCAUUUAUGUAGUUGCAGGCUCUCUCACUGUUGCCGCUGACAACAAAUUGAACAAAUGUCUGGUGAAAGGCUCCCUGGGAAUGAAUGUUGUCGCCACGGUUACUGCUCUUACUGGCAUCAUCCAUCAUUCUUUAGACAGUGCUGGGAUCAUGUUUUACUGUGACUCUCAAUACGAUUUCUGUCAACAGUACUGGGUCAGCUCCCAGAGAAUAUCAGGUGUUUUGGCUGUUUUCUCCUUGCUGGAGUUUAUAGUGUCCAUCUGUGUCUCGUCAUUCGCCUGCAGAGCUGUCUGCCUGUGCUGCCAUUCCACCCCUGAGCAAGUGUCCUCCAUUGGGUAUCAAAUACCGGUACCUCAUGGCAGCAUGACUCCAAGCAACGCACCUUACCCUCCUCAGAACAACUACGAGGUAUGAUAUCUUGGCCGGUUGAAUUUCAGGGUUACCAUGUGAAAUAGGUGGCUCAACAUGAAUAUAAU